UCCAGCAGUCACUUUGCGUCUUUUACAUACGAUUGUCGUAGGUAAGAAUUAUCUAGUUUUUCAAAGCGGCUGUGUUGGGUUCAGUCUUGCCACGACUAAGUAAUGAAUUGUCAAGAGAAGGUCUACCAUGGAGGGAGUUCUCUAUAAAUGGACCAACUAUAUUAGUGGUUGGCAGCCCCGUUGGUUUGUUCUUGAAGGAGGCACUCUUUCCUACUAUGACUCUCAAGAAGAUGCAUGGAAAGGAUGCAAGGGCAGCAUCAAAAUAUCUGUGUGUGAAAUACAGGUUCACCCAUCGGAUUUCACAAGGGUUGAUCUGAUCAUUCCAGGAGAACAGUACUUUUAUCUCAGGGCAAUUAAUGCAGCAGAGAGGCAGAAAUGGCUUGUGGCGUUAGGAACUGCAAAAGCCUGUCUUACAGACAACCGAACCAAGAGAGAGAAGGAGCUCCAGGAAAGCACAGAGGCUCUGAAAACAAAAAUGUCUGAGCUAAGGCUUUACUGUGACCUUCUCCUUCAGCAAGUGAACAAAAUACAAGAAAGUCCUCUGGCGGAGAUGACAGCUGAUUCCGGGGAGGUAGGGGAUGAGACAGGAAAUCUAGUGAAGUCCACAUGCACCACCUUCUUGAAGACCCUGGAGGAAUGUAUGCAGAUUGCUAGCCGGACAUUCAAUCCAGACCUUCUGAGUCAGACCCCUCCAGGCUCUCCUCCUGUGGCUACCAUCAAACCUCAGAAGAUCAAAUCUACUGAUCCAAAAAGUCAGCACCCAGGAGAAAUACAAAAGGACUUAAUAAACACCUCAGGAACAUCAGCACAUGAGAGUGGAACAGAAAAUGAACCACCUACAGGAAGUGGUUUAAUGGAGGACCAAGAGGAGCCCAUGGAGCCUCAUAAUGGCUCUUCAUCAAGCACACAUGACCCUGAAGAACCUGUAGAAGAGGAGAAGGACAAACUGCCCGAAGAAGCAGACCAUGCCCAAGGAAAACAACAGGAAGUCUCCCAUACCCCCACACAGAACAAAGAAGAAAAGGCCACUGAAGAAAUCCAGGCAGACCUUGAAGUGAAUGAGCUUCAGUCUGAGAACAAACGGGAAGAGGAAGAUAAGGUGGACACAUUCUUCAGUACCAUGAGCCACAGAUUUAGUGAUAUAAAACUGGAGGACGGCAGUGGUAUUCCCACACAGGCCUUUUUGGAUUCUUGCUAUGCUAUAGUACCAGUUUUAGACAAGCUUGGACCAACUGUCUUUGCUCCAGUUAAAAUAGAUUUUGUGGGAAACAUUAAGAAAAUCCAGCAGAAGGUAGUGUCCGAUCCUGAGAGUUUCCCCACCCUACAGAGCAUCGUGCUGCACGAGGUGGAGACAGAGGUGGCACGGGUGCGGAACUCAGCCACAGAAGCACUGCUAUGGCUUAAACGGGGACUCAAGUUCCUCAAAGAAUUCCUUUCUGAAAUCAAUACAGGCAUGAAGGACAUCCAGGGAGCUCUUAAUAACGCAUAUGGAAAAACAUUACGGCAAUAUCACGGAUGGGUUGUUCGAGGCGUCUUUGCACUGGCUCUACGGGCCGCCCCGUCCUAUGAGGGCUUCAUGGCUGCACUGGUUUCUCAUGAAGGUGAUGAGCUGAAGGAGGGUUUUACGAUCGGCAUGCAUCGAGAUCUGGACUUCUACCUGCCAGCUAUGGGGAAGCAGCUGUCCAUCCUGGACGCUCUCUAUGAGGAGUACGGCUUGGAAUCAGACGAGAUUGUGUGACUAACACAAACGCACCCGCACAGCGAACACAGCUUGCUUCUGACGGAGCUCAUCGGUUUCAGUGGUGGAGUUGUAACUCUUUCACCCACUGUGGUAACCGAACCCCGAGUUAGUGUUGAAGAAGGUAGGAAGGUUUCUGUGAGGGCAGGGCUUGCAAAGACUGACCAAUAAGAAUGUGUUGGAUAAUGUGGCUUCUGCAAAUUCCAAUAACAGUCAUGCCUGCAAAAUUGAAACAGGGGGGCAGGGUGUGAUUCCAAGUGUUUUCAGGGAACAGCUGUAUUUUUAGAAACCUUCAGUGGAGUGUUUUGUUGACAUUGGUUGUAUGUUUUUUCAUACACAUUUGGGCAUCAGAGUGCAAACUGCAGAUAUGUUGAAGAAGAUAAUAUACCGUAUUGUUUACUUGGCAGUGAAGGUGUUAGUCGCAGUAUCCUUAUUCACAGUAAAAGUGCAAAAAAUGCACUUGUUCUUUUUCUCCUCGCUUGAAAUAUUGCAUUACUUUUGUUCAGAGACUCACAUCUCAUUCAUUUUAGACUAGCACAAAACUAAGAAUUAUUCAGAGACCUUUCGGGGAUUCAGAUAAACAUGCAUCAUGAAACCGUUAAGUAUACAGAGACACUGGUGGGCUAUUUUUGCAGUGACAUAAUCUUUAAACACAUUCACAAUGGCUCCAAUUCAGGACUCGUAGGAUCAACUUGGUGAUAGGGACCAAAGGAGUUUCUUUUUCUUGGUUUAGUGGAGCGAUUCCCGACUAUAGAAAAAAUGUAGUUGUGAUCUUGGAUCUACAAAAGGAAAGAUGUCAUGAUAUUUCCUCAGUGGCUUUAUUUAUUGACAUAUUUAUAUGAAUACCAAUUCUAACUGUUGAUUUUAUUGUAAGAAUCACACUAUGCUCGCUCUCAAAUCAUAUGAAUGAUACUAAUUUGCGCAUGUUGCAUUGCAUGGGUUUUGUUUUUAUAUUUCUAAAUUCAGAUUUUUAUUACUAAAUGAUUAGCACAUAAUAUGAGGAUGAAUGUUCUAGGUUUAUAUUUUAUUCUAAUUGCAUUCCACACAGUUUUAAAGUAAAAUCCCACAAAUCAUUGUCUUUGUAAAUAUGCCCUCCCAACAUUGUCCACUUUUUUUGCAUUCCUUUUUAAUUCCAGUAUUGUUUGAACUGUCACAAUUUAUCCGAUGUGUUCUUUACCAUAAUCUUUAAAAUGAUAGUUCGCCCAAAAAUGAAAGUUCUGUCGUACUGUAAUUUCAAACAUAUAUGACUUACUUCUGCAGAACACAAAAGAUAUUUUGAAAAGGAUAUAAAAAUGAGACAUUCAAAAUACCUUCUUUUAUGUUCCACAGUGUUUUUUUUUUUCAGACAUGAGGGUGAGUAAAUGAUGAUGGAAUUUUCAAUUUUGGGUAAACUAACACUUUAAAUCUUUAUUAAAUCAAUAAAACUUAAGUUGAAAAGCAGAGCUUUGACAUAACAGCAUAAAGGAAAAUGUUCAGUUUUACUUCUCCCAGGAAUAGCACACAGGAUCCAUGUUGUCAUUCACUAGUAUUAAAAUGUCUAUAUGCCUUUUUAUAUGUAUUUACUAAUUGUAAUUUUUAAAUUGUAUGUCAUUUAUACUGAA